AUGCGGGGGCAAAGCCAGCGCCCGGCAGCCGCGCUGCUGCUGCUCUUUUCUUUUCUUUUCUUCAACUCCGAAGUCUCCGCGGGCCUCAAAGCUCAGCAGCAGCAGCAGCAGCAGCAGCAGCAGCAGCAGCAGCAAAGCCUUCCUUCCCCCUUGCUGGGAGCCCCUGCAGAGAGCUUUUCCGCGAUGGAUCAAACAGCAGCAGCAGCGCUGGAGAUGCUGCAACAGCAGCAGCACCAGCAGCAGCAGCAGCAGCAGCAGCAGCAGCAGCAGCAGCAGCAGCAGCAGCAGCAGCAGCAGCAGCAGCAGAGCAGCAGCAGCAGCAGCAGCAGCAGCAGCAGCAGCAGCAGCAGCAGCAGCAGCAGCAGCAGCAGCAGGAGUCUGAAAAGUUGA